AGUUCGAAAAGACAAACCCUCAUGGGAGUUAAAAUGGAAAGUAUAAUUAAACUUUAGACCCCAUUAAAUUGUGACUGCACCCAUUGGCGUUGGCAUGAUAGCCAAUUUAAAGAGAAUUUGCGUGACCAACAAGACAAAGAAUCCCUAUCUUUUCUCCAUUCCCAGUUUCUUCCAAUUAAAAAAUGGGCAGACUGAGGUGGACAGGGAUAUCUCCAAAAUCUGUCAUUCAAAUUGCUUUGUCAUGGCGCACAGUUUGUGCACAUUCAAUGAUCGGUAAAAGGAACACGUGUGCACAUGUUUCAGAAUAUCUACCCACAUUACUUAAAAAUCGAUCUUUGUACAGUUGCAGUUUUAUUGGUAAACCUAAUAGUUCUUCGACUAGGAGAUUUCCACCAUCGAAGCAUUUUUUCCAUUCCACCGGAGCUUGUUAUUCUGCAGAACGAGAUUACUAUGAAAUUCUAGGCGUAUCUAGAGAUUCUAGUCGAGAUGAGAUUAAGAAGGCAUUUCAUGCGCUUGCAAAAAAAUACCACCCAGAUGCAAAUAAGAAUAAUCCAUCUGCGAAGAGGAAAUUUCAAGAGAUAAGAGAUGCAUAUGAGAUUCUGCAAGAUCCACAGAAGAGAGCACAAUAUGACAUGAUGAAGGAGCAACCUAGCAGCACAGAAGAUGUAAAUUAUAAUUAUGGGAAUGGCAAUGAUUUUAGAUAUUCCUACAGCACCCAGUUCUCUGAUUCGUUUCAGAAAAUAUUUUCCGAGAUAUUUGAAAAUGAGGCUGAAAAUUUGACGCAAGACAUUCAGGUGGAGCUUUCUCUCUCUUUUUCUGAAGCUGCUAAAGGAUGCACAAAACAUCUUUCAUUUGAUGCAGAUGUUCCAUGUGAUUCUUGCAAUGGUACGGGCUAUCCAUUGAAUUCCAAACCAAAAGUAUGUCCAACUUGUCAAGGAAUUGGGAGAGUUACAAUCCCUCCAUUUACAGCAACUUGCAGUACCUGUAAAGGAUCUGGACGAGUUAUUAAGGAACGUUGUAGGGCAUGCAAAGCAUCAGGAGUUGUUGAAGCCAUCAAAGAUGUUAAAGUAACUAUACCCGCCGGCGUUGACUCUGGUGAUACUAUUCGUGUGCCAAAAGCUGGUCAUGCUGGCAGGCGAGGGAUGCAAUCAGGCUGCCUAUUUAUAAAGCUAAAGGUUGCUAAAGAUCCUCUUUUUGCUAGAGAAGGAGCUGACCUUUAUGUGGAUUAUCAUAUCAGCUUUACUAAAGCUAUUCUUGGUGGUAAAGUCGAUGUACCAACUCUAUCUGGAAAGACAAAGAUACAGGUACCCAAGGGGGUUCAGCCUGGACAACUUGUGGUACUACGAGGCAAAGGUUUGCCAAGGAAAGGGUUUCUGGUGGACCAUGGAGAUCAAUAUGUGCGGUUCCGUAUUGACUUUCCAACAGCGUUGAAUGAACGACAACGUGCCAUAAUGGAAGAAUUUGCACAGGAGGAAAUUGUUAAUGGAGAUUACAUGGAUGGAGAAGUAAAUUUGUGGCAGCAGUUGCUUGAACGUGUGUCGAACCCAAAGUUUGUGGUCGAAUUUUCGCUCCUUAUAGUGAUUCUUCUCUUGUUAAUCAAAACACUUUGAUUGUGGAGGCGUCAGCUGUCCCUGGCAGAUUGUUGAUAAACUACAAGAAUCGCCGAUCCAGCUGCUAUUAACAUCAUAUACUUGCACGGAGUUUGCUAGUCUCUGUUUCCGAUAUGAUCUGGAGAGAACUUCGUACAACGGAGUGAAACUUGCUAAAUGUUUCCCGCUCUGGUAGCGAUAUCACAUAGGCAUGGUUGGGCCAUUUAUAGUUUUCAAAUUUUGUGUCGAGUUCAGAUUGUAUAGCGUUUAACAUGCCUAUAUAGCUCCCAAAAUAAAAAAGAAAGUGCCUAUUUUAUCCAAGGCCUUUGAUGAGAAAUUUGAGUUUCAGUAUAUGGUUAGAAGUGUUCCUUGUAUCUCUACAUACAAUAAUUGUAGAGAAUUACUCAUAUAGUUUCUGAAAUGUAGCAUUAUAUCCUUUCUUUUUUCUAUAUGUUUUUGUAACUGUGGAGAGAAGGGAAAGUUCAUAGGGUUCUCCUCCCUUGUCUGUCUGAAGAAAUGUAAUGUUCUUUUUCCA